CUCAUUUUCUCGUUCCAACUCCACCAGCAGCAGCCUGCUAUAAUUACCUCGAGAGACUAAGAGAGCGCAGGGAAAUUAUAACCCUUUUUGUUUCAGAAGUGGAUGGGGAGAGGGAAGAUUGAGAUCCGGAGGAUUGAUAAUUCCACCAACCGUCAAGUGACUUUCUCCAAGAGGCGAAACGGAUUGCUGAAGAAGGCGAGGGAGUUGUCAAUCCUUUGCGAUGCUGAAGUUGGAUUGAUCGUCUUCUCCAGCACCAGAAAGCUCUAUGAAUAUGCGAGCACUAGGUCAGAUUCCCUGACUCACUCACUCUCUCUUUGUCCCAUCGGAAAUUGGGAAAGUACUGCUGCAUUUAUAUUUUAAGUUGUUUUAGUUAAUUUGUAUUUAUGGGGUUUAAUUAUUUCUCUCUUUAUCUCUUUUUUAUGUCUCUUCGAUUCCUUUUUAAUUAUUUAUAAUUUCAUCUUUAAUAGCAGUACUUCUUCCUGAAACUAGAUCAGUUAAAUGUGUUUUCUUCUUUGUUGAUUUAGGUUCUUAAUUUUAGACUGUUUUCUUUUCUAAACUAUACCUAAUAUGAAGAAUCAAGUUGAAUUUUGAUA